AGACGUUCUUUUGAAACGCAGAGAAAAGCUGUGGAGAUUUAUCAAUUCUAUCUUCUUCUAUUGGACUCGGGUCAUAUUCAUAGCCAUUGGACUUCAACAAUACACGCAGUUAUAAAGAAGUUUGUGAGCCGGUAUUGGAAGCUACUGUUUAUUUACACGACAAACGUGACUUGUAUUACUCGAUAAACUCGGCUAUCGUGUGUUGUGUUUGUGACUACCCACAGAAUAUGGAGCAGGACAUGUCUAAAGCUCAGUUACAACAAACUCUCGCAGGGGUAGGGGUUUCAAACCCGGGGAUGGGGCCGCCACACCAGGCCCAUCAGGGACACCCCCAGAAUCACCAGGUUCAUACGGCACCCCACCCUCACCAGGCUCACUCCCCACCCGAGCAAACGAACAUUUCUAACGGACAGGGUGGUGGGGGCCUUACGGCUCAACAGAAGAAAGACUUAGAUAGGGUCAAACGCCCUAUGAAUGCUUUUAUGGUGUGGUCGCGAGGUCAGAGAAGGAAAAUGGCACAGGAAAACCCCAAAAUGCACAACUCUGAAAUCAGUAAGCGACUCGGUGCGGAGUGGAAACUUUUGACGGAAACAGAAAAACGUCCGUUUAUUGACGAAGCUAAGAGGCUCCGUGCUAUUCACAUGAAAGAACACCCCGAUUACAAAUACAGACCACGAAGGAAGACAAAAACUCUCAUGAAAAAGGACAAAUACGCACUACCCGGAAUGCAGCCCGGUGCUCCGCUCCAGCCCGGCCGUGACGGCGCGGGUAUGUAUCCGAUGAACGGGUACAUGCCAAACGGUUAUAUGAUGCACGACCCAAACGCGUAUCACAUGGCAAACCAAAUGGGACUUGCUGGACAAUAUGGUUAUCCGAAUAUGGCAACACAAUCUAUGCCUUCAAACCAAAUGACAACUCCAUCUUACAUGAACGGAUCACAGAGCUACACGAUGUCAAUGGCAUACGGAGCCAUGCCAUCCUCCCAAGUCCCCCAAACGUCGAUCAAACGGGAACCACAGACCGGAGGGCCGGGACAGCCCGUCCCCACGGGAGGCCGGAAUCCAGGGGACCUACGGGAAAUGAUCAGAGGCGAUCAAGUACCUGUACACUACGAAAACCCGUGGAGGGACUGAGAAAAUGGUUGGACGAUUCUUGUGUGGGGAAAGUUUCAAAACGUUUAUUAAGUUGCUCAUCCUUAAAUCCGAAGGCAUGGUUGAUGGGCAAAUGUGGUGUUCGCGCGUGUGAAAGUUCUCUAUAUUUCCUUGGACAUAUCAUCGAGGAAUCUCAUUUCACAAGGCAGGAACUCCAAUACAUCAAGUUGUGCUAUUUUACCUUUUAUGUUAAAUAUUUGAAAUACAGUAGCAUUUGUUUAUAAAUUCAAUUUAUUGUUUAUAACGAGAGUUUUUUUGCAAACUUAUUUGUGGCAUAAUAUGUUGUGUGAAUGUUAUUUUGUGAAUCUGUUGUCAGAAUGGUGUAAAAGGGAAUUUAUGAGCAAAAAUAUUUCAUUUAUCAUUCGACAUAUUUAUGUUUGCUCAUUUUUCUUUAAAAUGAACUUAUUUUUGUAAUUAUACUUUAUAAAUUUUGUACAGAGAACUGAUUAAGUGUGAGAAGCAUUAUUAGUUAUCUACAUAGUAUAAUUUUGUUUUCACUAAGGAAAUAACCUUGAAAUAUUGAACCAAAGGUACUUUUAUUACCAUUGAAUUUAUAACAUUAUCUAUAAUUUAGGGGAAGAAAAUGUUUGAAGAGUUUUUUGGUAUAAACUGCUGAUUUACUGGUAAAAAAAAUCUUCAAAACGUGACUUGAAUUAUACAUAUAUUUUUUCCAAAGUUUGAAUGUUUAAGUGGCUCAGUAUUUCCUAUGUAAGAAGUACUUAAAUUAUUGUAUGAUUAUUUUCUUGAGAAAAAAAAUAUAUAAAAUUUUAUUAAUAGAUUUGCAUUUUUUAUUUUCAAGCUUACUACAAUUAUGCUAAUUUGUAAAUAUUUAUAGAAUUAAGAUUGUUUAUUGAAUGAACAGUCUUGCGCCAAGGCGUACAACCAAAUAGAAUAAAUUAAAAAAAUUCUGAACAAAU